CGCGCCUGCCCGCACUCGGCAUGGCGGCCAAGGGGCUCCGGCAGCGGGCGCGGGGCGGCGGCGGGGAGGCGGCCCGGCCGCGCGACGACCCGCCGGGGACCGAGGACAGCAAGGCGGAGCCGUCGGGGAGCAAGGCCGGGCAGGUGUGGGCGCCCGAAGGAUCCACCGCCUUCAAGUGCCUGAUCUCGGCCCGGUUCUGCGCCGCGCUCCUGAGCAACGUCUCGGACUGCGACGAGACCUUCAACUACUGGGAGCCGAUGCACUACCUCGUCUACGGGAAAGGGUUCCAGACCUGGGAGUACUCGCCCGCCUACGCCGUCCGCUCCUACGCCUACCUUUGGCUUCACGCCUUGCCAGCGUUGUUCCACGCCAGAGUCCUGCAGACCAAUAAGGUUCUCAUCUUCUAUUUCCUGCGAUGUCUCUUGGCCUUCGUGAGCUGCGUGUGUGAGCUCUAUUUUUAUAAGGCCGUCUGCAAGAAAUUUGGGCUGCACGUGAGCCGGCUGAUGCUGGCCUUCCUAGUUCUCAGCACUGGGAUGUUCUGCUCUGCAGCGGCCUUCCUUCCCAGCAGCUUCUGCAUGUACACCACGGUGAUCGCCAUGACUGGUUGGUAUAUGGACAAGACCUCCAUCGCCGUGCUGGGGGUGGCAGCGGGAGCCAUCAUGGGCUGGCCCUUCAGUGCCGCUCUUGGGCUGCCCAUUGCUUUUGACUUGCUGAUAAUGAAGCAGAGGUGGAAGAGCUUCCUGAACUGGUGCCUGGUGUCACUGAUCCUAUUUUUGGUCCCCUUGGUGGUUGUGGACAGCUACUACUAUGGGAAACUGGUUGUUGCGCCUCUUAACAUUGUAUUAUACAAUGUCUUUACGCCUCAUGGACCCGACUUGUACGGUACUGAGCCCUGGUCCUUCUAUUUCGUUAACGGCUUUCUGAAUUUCAACGUGGCAUUUGUCUUGGCUCUGCUCGCCCUGCCGCUGACCUACCUCAUGGAACGCCUCCUCCAGAAGUUCCACGUUCAGAAUCUGGGUCGGCCAUACUGGCUGACGCUGGCUCCUAUGUACCUCUGGAUCAUGAUUUUCUUCAGUCAGCCGCACAAAGAGGAGCGGUUUCUCUUCCCCAUAUAUCCCCUCAUCUGUCUCUGCGGAGCUGUGGCUCUUUCUGCCCUUCAGAAAUGUUACCACUUCGUAUUCCAGCGUUACCGCCUGGAGCACUACACGGUUUCCUCCAACUGGCUGGCCCUGGGGACGGUCUUCCUCUUUGGACUCUUGUCACUGUCACGCUCGGUGGCCUUAUUCAAAGGCUACCAUGGGCCUCUGGACCUGUAUCCGGAGUUUCACCGAAUUGCCACUGACCCGACCAUUCACACAGUGCCAGAGGGGAGGCCGACUCAUGUCUGCGUGGGCAAGGAGUGGUACCGAUUUCCCAGCAGCUUUCUCCUGCCAGACAAUUGGCAGCUCCAGUUCAUCCCAUCAGAGUUCAGGGGCCAGUUACCAAAACCAUUUGCCAAGGGACCAGUGGCCACACGGAUCAUUCCCACAGACAUGAACGACCAAAACAGAGAAGAGCCAUCCAGAUACAUUGACAUCUCCAAGUGCCAUUACCUGGUGGACUUGGAUGCAGCCACCGAGACACUAAGGGAACCAAGAUACUCCUCCAACAAGGAAGAGUGGGUCACCAUCGCCUACAAACCCUUCCUAGAUGCUUCCAGAGAUCGUUCCUCCUGGGAGAAGUCUUCCAGCUCCAAUUUAGCCUUACAGCAUAUUUGGACAAGCCUGUUCCCCGGAGGAUACGUCUUUAGUGAUGUUGACAACCGUGCCAGCAGUCUGCAGCAGAGUCUACCCGGUGUCUAGCACCCGUCCAGGAGAAGGAUGGCAAGCAGGACCCCAAGUGGAAACAACGGGUGAUCCAAAGGCAGGGAGGGGCCAGCUGGGCAAAACAGGGACAAGUGCUUUUCUUCCUUUUUGCACAUCCUUAAGGAAGAUUUACUCUAUUGAAUGCAAAAAAAGGUUGGAAAAAUGCAAACUGGGGGAAGGGCAUGUUCCUGUCUGUACCUUGUUGCCUGGACUAAUCCUCCUGGACUAAUCCUGCGAGGUUGUACAGGCCGAGAUGAAAUUCUCCCCUGUGCAAAGGAGCAGCACAAGCCAGAGGCCUGCUUGGAGAGCCCAUGGGAGGUGUCAGCCCUGCAUCAGUCUUGGGCAGGUCCCUCGCAGAGCAGGCAUUUCAUCCUGGCAUCAGCGGUGUCUGCUUUGCUACAGCCUUUGGGGGUGACCCUGGAAUUUCCCUUUUCAGAGCAGUAGGCUGGACAGGAAACGAAUGACUUCAGGGUCCGGGCUCCGUUUCGGAUGAAACUCACGUCACCAAUCAGCCCUGCAGUGCGUGUGUCAUGCUCCCAUGAGUGUUUUUAACGGGCUUUCCACCCAGAGCGUUUACCUUGGCGUAACUGGGCUCUCUUGUGCCGCAUGAGGGCUCACAUGUGACUUGAAACCCAACCAGCCGUCUGCUUCCCUCCAGGUUUCCACUUAUCGAUGAAAUAAAGAAACACAGGCUGCAGCUAGGAAGAGCCCAGCGAGCCCUUCUCUGUGGUGCUGCUUGUCUCACUGCCCCACCUCUGUUGCCACUUUCCUUUUCAUGUUCACUGUGGAAAGAUAGUCCAAUAAACCUCUGUUUUAAAUUA